AUGGCUUCUCAAAAUGAGAGAAAUACAAUCUUUCUCACCGAACAAGAGGCGGAACGCAUCCGUCACACUGUCAAAGAGAGAUCUAAGAAUUGCUUAGAAAAGGUCGGCCAUGCUCGGGAGCCCAGGGACCAGUUAGCCGCCCACCAACAAGCAACUGGCGCGGCACUCAUGGCAGAUAUGGGCGGUGCACCAGAUCCAGACAUGACGCACACCAAAGGACGAGGAGAUACCAUACCUGUUGUUGCCGUGGGACAGCCGUAUCCGCCAUGCACAGUCUCUCUUGAAGACUUACAGCCAAUGAAAAUGGCCGAUCUUCUCAUGGAUACACAUCAUCGAGGACGCAAACUCACUAUCAAGCGUUCAAGUCCGGUGGUAACGCUUGUGGCCAGAUCAUGGACUAUGGUGCAAGAUGAAGAGUUAAAAGAGACGGAGCGGCUGGAGAUGUGUUUGCACAAGUCAAGGCACGACGAGGACGUACUGGAAUCGGCCAAACACUUCAUAAUCAAGGAGCCAUACUUUACCCUUACCGACCAGGGUGAAGCCACCAUUCGAAUAGACCAUCCUUCGGAUCUGGUUGUUUAUCAAGAAGAAGCACAUGGAAAGACGCAGGUCGAGGAUUCUGCUGCUGCAGAAAAGCUAGCUACAAAGUACAAGACACAGGGCAACGCCGCACUCAAGAAACAAGACCUUCCGCUAGCUCAUGCCAAGUAUACGGAAGGUCUGAAUGUUGCAAAGCAACCUCUUCUGUCAGACUCGAAUCCCGAUCUGGCCCGAGAUAUUUCCCGCAACCGCGCCUACGUGAAUCUACUCUUGAACCAGUUGGACGAAGUGAAGACUGAUGCCCGCGCUUCUCUUACCGGAAAAGAUGACCAGCGAUCCAAGGACCUCGAUAGCAAAGCUUUCUACCGUGCAGGUUCUGCUGCAUACAGUCAAGGCAGAUACCAGGAGGCAAAACGCUUCUUUGAGGAGCAACAAAAACUUACGCCAGACGACAAGGAUGCGAAAGUUCAACUCAAGAAGAUCGCGUCACGUCUUCGCGAACAAGACUCGGGAACUUACGAUUUUAUGAAAAUCAGCACCGGGCUAUCAAAGGGACGUCCGCGCGUGGAUGCGGCAACAUUCAUCAAGAACACCGAGAUCAAAGACAGCGCAGGACGAGGACGCGGCUUGUAUGCGACACGAAGCAUAGCUCCGGGCGAGAUCGUCAUGUGUGAGAAGGCUUUCUGUGUUGUCUGGGGCCACGAAAGUGAGGCUCUGACGGCAAUGACUUACGAUGUUCGUGACGACAAGAUCAGGGUAUCACCCGUCGGCUUGGGCAAAUCGAUUGUACAAAAGCUCCUCAGCAACCCCUCGCAGAUCGAAUCAGUCAUGGACCUCUAUGGCGACUACGAAGGCGAUGGCAAGGCUGUGUCAGAGACGGAAGAGGGCGCAGUCGUCGACGUCUUCCGGGUACACGAUAUCAUGUCCCGCAACGCUUUCGGCCCUGGAUCCCAGCAUGGCGAGGAAGGCGCGCGCAACGCCAGCACCGGUCUUUGGAUCCAUGCCGCCUACAUCAACCACUCCUGCAUCGCCAACGCAGAAAAAGAGUACAUUGGCGACCUGAUGAUUCUGCGCGCCGCGCGACCCAUCCAAGCCGGAGAAGAAAUCUUCCACAGCUACGACGAGUCCCAGGACUACGAUGCACGCAAAGCAGCCCUGAUGACGACUUGGGGGUUUGAAUGUAGCUGUGCGUUUUGUGCCGCGGAGAAGGCGGAUGGCCGGGCUGUCCGGGAUAAGAGAAUGGAGUUGGUGGGCGAGGCGGAUGCUUUCGUGGAGAAGACGCCUUGGGCGGGCGCGAAGAGACUUACCAUUAGGAAAGCGCAGCGUCUUGCGCAGUCGAUUGAUGAGACAUAUGAUGGCGAGAGGUACAAGGAUCUUCCACGGACUGCAGGGGGGAGAAUUCAGGAGUGGCUGGCAAAAGCAAGUCCACGGAAAUAG